CACCUUGGAAAAUAGUUUUUGUCCAACAUUUUUCAGUUUUUUUUUUUUUGUUGGUUUAUCGAAUCACCAUGUGCUGCGGACCCUGUGGACCUCGAUGCUGCGACCCUUGUGGUGGCUGCUAUAACUGCUGCGUCGAACUCUGCUGCGUGCCCUGCACUCCAGCUUAUAUUCAAUGCAGCUUUAUGCCCUGCGGUCCCAGGUGUGGUUACUAGAAGAACAGAACAGCAAUGAUUUAUAAAGGAUAGUCCAGCUACAAUCAAUCAACAGGAUUAAAACUGAAUACACCAAAAUGUACUAAAAUGUCCCCAAAUAACGAAUUAAAUAAAAAAAAAAAACAAAAUACUGCGU